GUUUUCGUCAAAGAUGGCGGACGCGAACCCCGGGUGUUAAAUGACCGUCAGGAGCCUCGCCUCCAUCUGUACAAUGGGCGCUAAUGCCUCUGCUUUGGAGAAAGAGAUUGGUCCUGAGCAGUUUCCUAUCAAUGAGCACUACUUCGGCCUGGUUAACUUCGGCAACACCUGCUACUGCAACUCGGUCCUGCAGGCGUUAUACUUCUGCAAGCCGUUCCGGGAGAAGGUGCUCGACUACAAGGUCCAGCCCAAGAAGAAGGAGAACCUCCUGACGUGCCUCGCCGACCUCUUUCACAGCAUCGCGACGCAGAAGAAGAAAGUGGGCGUCAUCCCGCCAAAGAAAUUCAUUUCCCGCCUACGCAAGGAGAACGAACUCUUCGACAACUACAUGCAACAGGAUGCUCACGAGUUCCUCAACUACCUUCUCAACACCAUCGCCGACAUCCUGCAGGAGGAGAAGAAGCAGGAGCGGCAGAACGGCAAGCUCAAGAACGGCGUCGCCGCCGCCGCCACCACAGCCGCCGACGGUGACGACAGCACCAAGACGGAGCCCACGUGGGUGCACGACAUCUUCCAGGGCACGCUCACCAACGAGACACGCUGCCUCAACUGCGAGACGGUGAGCAGUAAAGAUGAAGACUUCCUGGAUCUGUCAGUAGAUGUUGAACAAAACACAUCCAUCACACACUGUCUAAGAGGCUUCAGUAACACCGAGACACUCUGCAGCGAAUAUAAAUACUACUGCGAACAAUGCUGCAGUAAGCAAGAAGCGCAGAAAAGGAUGCGAGUAAAGAAGCUGCCCAUGAUCUUGGCCCUGCACCUCAAGCGCUUCAAGUACAUGGAGCAGCUGCACCGGUACACGAAGCUCUCGUACCGCGUGGUGUUUCCGCUCGAGCUGAGGCUAUUCAACACGUCCGGCGAUGCCACCAACCCCGACCGCAUGUACGACCUGGUAGCGGUGGUCGUCCACUGUGGCAGCGGCCCCAACCGGGGCCAUUACAUCACAAUAGUGAAGAGCCAUGGCUUCUGGUUGCUGUUUGACGAUGAUAUAGUAGAGAAAAUCGACCCGCAGGCCAUCGAAGAGUUUUAUGGGCUCACAACGGACGUGUCGAAAAACUCAGAAUCGGGAUACAUCCUCUUUUACCAGUCGAGGGAAUGAGGAUUUGGGGAGUCGGGGCCUGGGGGAGGGGGGGGGGGAGAUUGCGGCUAUCAUCAGCCGUUGACACUCUCGAGAUGACAAGAUGCCUAACAACAUCAACAAAAACCCGCUGUGUCCACGCACGUGCUCUUUGGCACCGACGACGAUCGCGCUUGCUGCGGUUUCCUUCCUCCGCCGCCACCGUCCGUCCGGAUCCAACGCCGAGCCGCGCACAGGCGGCACAAGCAAGCGUCCACUUCGACUCGGAUAACUUUUAUAACCCCGCUCAUCUCCAGCAGCAGCAGCAGCAACACCACGAUGGGUUAAUUUGUUUUCUGGGAGGGGGGGGCGACGUGGGGUGGUGGGGGGGGUGGUGCCCACUUACUCCGAGACCUUCCCAGGUACUUGACUCUGUUUGCGUCUCUGUAUAUACAAAAAGAUUUAAAAAUGAAACAAAGAAAAAAAAAGUGUAAAAAUAGAAAGCUCUUUUGGCCGGAAGUCAGAUUUACCAACUCGGAUUGUGUGACGGUGAGUGUCUCUGACCGUUCAAGUGUCUUCUUCAUGGCGUUUAUUGUCUUAAUUGUUGGCCCCUUUUUAUUACAUUUUUGCAUCCAGCUCUUGGUUAGCGUUUCGUUUUGUGCUUUCUCUGCCAAUGCAAUCGGCGCAAGGCUUUCUUUGAUGGGAAUAAUUUACAGCACGAAACCUUGAUAUUGAUGUAAUCUUUAAACUGGCAUUGGCUUUCGGCAAGUCCUUCCACUGCUGCGUCCCGAUACGAACUUCCUUUUAAAAUAAACAUUAACAACACAUGGUUAGGAGAGUGGUUUUGGUUGAUUUAGUAAUUAAAUUAACGUGCAAUAGAGCAUCAUUGUUAGAAAUCUGGAUUUAACAUCCCCUUGCAAUAACAGUGUCCUAUUUACACGGGAAAAGUUCACCAAGCCUUUUUUUUUUGGAGGGUCGUGCAUGAGGAUAUCCGGCCAGUUGCUUAUGUAAGCGUUGCUUUCUAGGGGAAAUCGGAGUGCCGGAAGAACGCUCAGACUUGCAAACGAAUAAUACUCAAAGGCCUGCACAGGCAUGUCGGCAACCUACUUUCUGUACUGCAAUCUCCUGGCUACCUCGCAGCCCAGGAGGAUUGGGAGUCGUGCAGACUCGUGGUGAUCUGUGCGUGAUCCGCCAACGCCCCCCCCCCUCUCCGAAGUGCUGAUUGCAGCAAGAUCGCUUGCACAUGUCUGUAAUGUUUACUGCUCAGGUGGGUGCGUGAUUGUGCAGGUGCGUCAGGUGUGCGUGGUAUAAAUCGGACGAGGCGGACCUCAUGCCAACUGCUGUCAUCCCCCCCCCCUUCGCCAGCUGGUAUUCUACCACUGUGCAUACGAGGACAGGUCAAAGUGUGAUGAGAACGCGAUACUGCAACUAAAGUUGGUGCACCAAUGCAAUGAUGGGCUUAUUUUGAAGCCUUGACCUGUAAUUACUGUAUAGCAUAAGUGCAUUUGUGCAAAGGUAACUACUGUACUGAUACAAAUGAAGUUGUAUUGCGCGUGGCUCUGUGCGCAGUGUUGCACUCUUGACAUUUUUUUGACCUUCCUCCGUUUGUGUAAGAUGUCGCGAAAGGCUCUCCAUAACCACAUUCGUUGGUGUUUUAUUAGUUAAAGUUGAAAUACGUUUUAAAAAGGUGUCUGAUGUCAGAACAACAAUUUCCCUUUAUCCCAAUUUUAAAAUGAGGUUCUCCUGUGUAAUUCAACCGUUGCUCUGUCCCGCGGAAGUGUCCGUUUUGAUCUAAACCAGUGGUGCUUCACCUUUACUCUGGCCUUGCACCCCUUUGUUUCCCAAUCGUUAAAAAUGUAUAAUCUGAAAACAUAGUUUUGAUUAAACAAGGUAGUUGUACUUACGUGCCCAUUCUUAAUUUGCGUUUUCGAUGAUUUACCUUCGAAAAAAAUCUGGCCGUGUCUCGCACUCCCAGAACGGGCAUCUCGCACCCCCAGGUUAAGGUACCGCUGCUCUAAACAAUCGUGCUCAAUCAUUCAUCCUUUGCCUUUGUUAUUGCAGCAGGGUUGCCACCACAUUGUGCUAAGGUCUCAACAAACUUGUGUAUGGGUGUAUAUACCAAUCGGAGUUGGAACAAACAAAUUCGCUAUUUACUAACAAUCAACGAUUGCAAAUUUGGUUGACAACAUGGAUGGCAUUGGCGAGUAAAAAGCUGUCACCGUGAGUAUUUGACAGAGCUCCUGCUGUAGUCUUAUUAUUUAUCGGGAUAAUGCCACGAUUAAAGCGAAACGGGCCAGCGACGUCCGUGUGAUGCAUUGCGAGAGGCGAGCGUGUUGUAUCGCCGGCGGUCUUUGUGGUCCCAGAACGUCACUAUCAAUGUAAAAUAUUCUCAACCCGCACAAGUUCCAUCAUGCAAGAUUACUUAAUUUAUUUUGGUCAAAUUAUGUACGAAUCCACCUGUAAUUGUAGCUCUGCGUAUGUGUAUACAUAUGUGGUGGCAAAGCAAAAAAACUAAGCAGCUGGUGCUUUUUUUGGAAGUGGAAAAUGUGCUGUUUCAUGUGCGGGCCGCCGUCGCAUUGUAUACGGUUGGGUUUGUUCUCUUUCCUUUGUAUUUUUGUGUUUUUUGACUUGGCGCCGAUGGCCUUUUCAGAUUGUGUGCUCGUUUCUGUCUCGUCUUCCCUUGUCUCAGACACGAGCCCUCAUUUCCAGUCUUGGCCGUACAAAGAAAUAAUAAUAAUAUACGUAUACAAUUGUUAUUUUUUAUAUAUAUUUAAAAAAAGCUCAUUAAUCAAAUUGUGUCUACGGCAAAAAGGCGGCGAUGUGCGUUACGAAGAGGGAUGUGUAGUGCAUGUGGCGUAGUUGUGGAGCGGCGGCGGUGUGCGCAAGGGAAGCCGAUGGAAAUACAUUUCACAGCGUAAACCUGUGGGCUUUUCACUGCCAGGAAGGUGUCUGUGGGAGUAUUGUUCACUUGCAGAUCCACCUUAAUUUGGGCAUCAAAACUUUGCAAUCGGAAUCUUUGCUUUAUCCUUGAGGAAAUCCCAUGAGCUGGGAAGCUCUUUUUCACAGGUGUCCAGUCAGGGCGAGUCAGAAAGUUACAACAAUAAACAAUACAAUAAAACGAUACGAGUGCAAAGUAUAAGAAAGGUAAGCCAAUCGCGAUAAAUAAACUAAAAAAUAUAUUAAAUUUUACCAAGUAAAGCCCACUGAGCUAUUAGUUAUUUUCCAGAAGCGACUUGGCCACAAAUGAUAGCCCAAUUAGAAGUGGCUCAUGCGGCAAUUUAUAGCAGCCAAAUAAUCUUCACAUUGUCACAUGGCCAGAACGUUGCAUUAUUUAUUUUCAACAUCCGACAGUGAAGUGAAUUUUACUAUUGACCCAUCGCUCAAUUCGACUGUACAAGGCCGUGUUGAUGUGGAGGUAGUGAAAGGCAAAAAAAAAGACACAUUUUGGCAUACAGCGGGCUAACCUAAUGGUGAUCGGAGCCGGAUGCGUUGAGCCGACGGAGCCGUGUCGCUCAUGACGUGUGGGUAACACGGACCUGUCGUGCUGAUGCUGCUGCUGCUGCUUGUGGAAUGUAAAUGGCCCAUUCCUGGACCAGUACAACCCAGCUCCCAGCGUUCAUGGAAAUGUAGCAUAAACCUCUGACCAAAAACAUUUCGGUGGGAUUUGCUUAAAAGACAAUAAGUUUGGCCAGCUGUAGAAUUUCACAUCGCACUCACUGGAGCCCCCCAACCCACGCUCGGAGGGACAUCCGUGGGUAUUUUUAAGCCUCGUCUCAUUACCCCAUUUAAGGUGAAUCGGCACGUGAUCAGAGUGCGGACUCUAAUUCGUACAAAAAUAAUCAGCUGAUGGGGGAACAGAAGCUUUGGAAUGUUCUAAAUUCCCUGCGAGUUCGUUUUUUUCUGUUUAAACCACCUAACUUAGCAUUCUGAACAUCUACCCCCCCCCCCCCCUCGUGCCAAAACGCGAUGUUGAUUUGUUGCGGAGGGUAGAGAGUGACGCAUCUGUGUCUGGGGCGGUUCGACUUGAACAUUGUCCAAGCCGGCGUUGCCACGAACGCACGCUUGGACCGCGUCGCAUACACCGGUGACGCCACUCUCUUUACUCGCUCUGACAUUUCGGCAUUUACUCUUUGCAGAGGUUUCACAGCAGCGACUGCACGAAAUGUUGAGGUAUCCGUACGUGUGUGUACCGCGGUUCUGCUCAUGCCCAUAUUCUGGAGCAUACGAAGUGAAUUCACAUUGGUAUUCCAGUAAUUGCCUUCUGGCAGUAUGGUGUUAUCAUCAUCAUCGUCAUUGUUAUUAUCAUUGUAUUUUUAGUGUUUGUUUAAAAUUAUAAUCUAAAUAAGUCAAAUGUAUAUAUGUUUGAUAUUCUUUGUAAAUGAAUGGACACAUGAGGACGUAUUAACGAGGCGGACAGGCCCGGCAAAAUGUUUAACCACGUUUACCAGCGCAGGCUGGCUGAGAAUAAACGCGACAAGUGCUGUACAUCACCACCACCACGUUGUGAAAAAGAAAAAAAAAGACCACGUCAUCUGUGGCGCGUCUCCGUGAAAUGUUUUCAAUCGACAGUGAAAGCGGGCGGCAAAAACUUGCAUCUUCCAGAAUGAAAGCGGCCAUUACCUCAAUUGCGAGCCUCCACAUAUGCAAAAUUGACAAGGAAAAUUUAUGGGAAAGGAAUGCGCAUGCUAAUUGAGCGAUUGAUUAAUUCAUGAAAAAAAAAGCUUCCCCUGGUCCCUUUCACAAUAGUGCGAAGUUUGCCGCGGAUGCAGGGCGAGAUGCCCACAAGUGCUGCCCGUUGGGUGCGUACAUCGGAGGUGGUUCGGGAUGUUUGUAAAAGUCCAGGGUGAUAUUCUGCACUCUACUUUUGCGGAAGAAAAGAGGGCUUUUGGGUUCAGCUUGGGAGUGGGGUCGGGUAAGAUGGGGAUACGGGAAAUGCAAUCGCGGGUGAGGGAAAAAAUAAUGUUCGUAGGAACACUUGGCAAACGAAAGUGUGUCAAUUGUGGAGCAGUUUUCAACUCUUGCGAAUAGGGUUCUUAUUUAUUUGUUGUAGGCUUUUUCUUUGAUUUAAAUUUUUAUGGGUUUUUUUUUUGCUUAACGCCAGUUCAAUCCCGAAUUUCGUGUAGUGGCGGCAGAUGACUUAAUGACGAAAGUGGUUUGCAAACGUUUUGUGUAUGGGAUGGGCAACACCAGAACCUGUUGCCCUCUGAUGGUUCACAUUCUCCACAUCAUGGAGCGGUGAUGCCAGUUGGCCUUUAGUAGGCUGUAUAAUGGGGCAUGCCAAAUGGUUUGUCGAUUUUUCGGGCAGUGUCAGAAGGCAAGCAAGGGCGCUGAGUGGGACCCCCUGCCCUUGGCUCUCCAUAAAAGUUGACAUCGUCCGGGCCAAGGCGAGCCGAAGAUAGUUGUGAAGCGGCAGACUUGCAGUGUGGCGCGCUGUGCACACAAUCCUCGACACGUUGCAAACACGACACGAGACCAGCGUGUCCUGUUUUGUUGUUGUCAGACUCUGGCUCAAUUCCGUGAUGCAAUAAUUUGCAGUAAUUUGUAUAAUUAUGUAGACACGUUUGAAUGGAUCCUUAAUUUCGACCAGUGUUAUUUGACAUGCUUUUUCGAAUAACAGGGGGCCCUUGUGCAUGUUAAGUUUUACCGACGUUUUGCCUCUUUAAAAAGCCAAUCGGUUGUUGUUUUUUCCCUCUACAAACUCUGCAAAUCGGAAUUGACAUGUUACUCGCAGCUUUCCCUGACGUUACAACCCCACGUUCAUUCAACUUCAGCAUCCAUUUGGUUCGAUUGGACCUGACUACAGGCAAGACGAUAUCUUAGUGUGCAAAUGCACACUGAUGAAUACGUAGGAUUGUGUAAUGCAUGCGACGCCUAACCGUGCCCCUAUUUUCUCAUCACGAUUUUUAGUGUUGAGUUUGCUGGUAACGUGACACAGAGAGGGGGGCGGGGGGAGGGAGGUUUGCUUUAUUUUGUCAGAGACUGCCAUGAGAAUCAUGCCACGGACUUGCGCUGGACUGGCAUUGUGAGACGAUGCGAAAUCCCGACGCAGUCCAUUACGAUUGCAUCGCGAUCCCUUUCUGUUGUCCGCAGCAGCCUGAUAAUGUUGAAGAUACAUUCUUGGUGUCUGCGUGGGGCUCGCGGGGUUUUUUGCGAUUUUUUGAGUUGCAGGCGUGUGGCGGGGGCAGGGGGGGGGGGGGUGUUGCGUAAUAGUUGCAAAACACUGCUAAUAAAUUGCAAAUAAUAAAAAUGUUAAACUUCACUCACGGAUGAUGACACAGAUGGCUGCAGGUAUUGUGAAGAAAAUGUGUUUUUUUUAAUUUUAGAUAUGAAGAACCAUUUUGUGUAUAAUACAAUGUAUGGUUUAUUUUUUCAUUUUUGUUGUACUUUUAAAAUGAACAGAACGCCCAGUUUGCUAUUGUGUCGGGAUAAAGAGCAUAACUAAACACACGUGUUCGGUCAUCAUUAACUGCAGUUCAAGCUGACAAUCGAGUAGAAGUGCUCAAAGUUAAAUACGUACGAUUGCAUCUUAUGAAGACAAUUCUCUCUCUCCAUUCCAGAUUAUAUUUGUAAAGAUUUACAGAACUGACCUUUUUUUCCCUAAUUUUAUUUAUUUGGAAUAAUUUGCAGUUUGACCCCCCCCCCCCCCCCCCAAGGCAUAACAUUGUAGUUUCGGAAAUGCAAUUUGUUCGUUAGCAAACUGGUCGUAUGUAAUAACGGCGAGGGUUUUAAUGCAAGUGCUUCGAAUGGGGGGGCGGGGGGGGGGGCACGUUUUACAAUGGUUGCAGGGUUUAUUGGAUGGAAGUUCUCCAAAGUGUGUGUUUGCAAACGGCUCUGUGUGCGAGUCGCCUGAACCAAUUGUGAGUCCUUUAAAAUGUAGCUGCCUGGUUAGAAAAUAAUAAUUACACAAGUAAUUCUUGGAGCAGCCACCUUUGGGAUGAAGAUAAAACCUGUGCACACACCCCUCAUGCGAUUACUGAUUAUUGAACCCCAGAAGUCUGUAAUUGAUCACAAUAACAAAUAUAUUUGGGGGGGUGGGCGGGCAGGGAGGGGGGGGGGCAAAGAAUAAAAAAAUUAAAUAUAUAUUUUACAUUGUUUGUGUCUUGUUUUGAUGGGGUGGCCAAAAGAUGGUGUCAUCAUCCGCUUAACAAACAAAAAAGUCCUCUAUCAUGUGUAAAUGUGUAACGGUUAUAACACGAAAUAUCAUGAAACACAAACUUCCCGAUACAUCGAUGAUUUGAGUUGCUGUUGGUAUAAUGCAAUGUUACUUCAGCAUUCGGUUGGAUUUGUAUAAAACACAAAAAAAACUAAAAAAGGUAACAUGAGGUUUGAGUCAUCUUUAUGGCCUGUUUUGGGGGAUUGCCAUCCGGAAGGGGGGAAAUAUACAAUGAUUGUAAAUUGUAAAAUGCACUUUUAAAAUAAAAGAAGUC